AUCAGGAGUUAAUGGUCCACUAGUGAUCUUAGAUCAUGUUAAGUUUCCCAGAUAUGCUGAGAUUGUGCACUUAACACUACCUGAUGGCACGAAGAGGAGUGGGCAAGUUCUAGAAGUUAGUGGUUCCAAAGCAGUGGUUCAGGUAUUUGAAGGGACUUCAGGUAUAGAUGCCAAGAAGACAUCCUGUGAGUUUACUGGGGAUAUUCUCUGAACGCCAGUGUCUGAGGAUAUGCUUGAUUGCAGCUCAAAUCUGUCGCCAGGCUGGUUUGGUAAAAAAAUCCAAAGAUGUAGUGGACUACAGUGAGGAAAAUUUUGCGAUUGUAUUUGCUGCUAUGGGUGUAAACAUGGAAACUGCCCGGUUCUUCAAACCUGACUUUGAAGAAAAUAGCUCAAUGGACAACGUCUGCCUCUUUUUGAACUUGGCUAACGACCCAACUAUUGAGCGAAUUAUCACUCCUCGCUUGGCUCUAACCACGGCCGACUUCCUGGCCUAUCAGUGUGAGAAACAUGCAUUGGUUAUCCUAACAGACAUGAGUUCUUAUGCUGAAGCACUUCGAGAGGUUUCAGCAGCCAGGGAAGAGGUUCCUGGUCGACGAGGUUUCCCAGGUUACAUGUAUACAGAUUUAGCCACAAUAUAUGAACGCGCUGGUAGAGUGGAAGGUAGAAAUGGCUCUAUUACUCAAAUUCCUAUUCUCACCAUGCCUAACGAUGAUAUCACUCACCCCAUCCCUGACUUGACUGGAUAUAUUACAGAGGGGCAGAUCUAUGUGGACAGACAGCUACACAACAGACAGAUUUACCCGCCUAUUAAUGUGCUGCCCUCGUUGUCUCAGUGAAUGAAGUCUGCUACUGGAGAAGGUAUGACCAGAAAGGAUCACGCCGAUGUAUCUAACCAGCUGUAUGCAUGCUAUGCUAUUGGUAAGGAUGUGCAGGCCAUGAAAGCCGUAGUUGGAGAAGAAGCCCUUACCUCAGAUGAUGUGCUUUACUUGGAAUUUCUGCAGAAGUUUGGGAGGAACUUCAUUGCUCAGGGUCCUUACGAAAACCGCACUGUCUAUGAGACUUUGGACACUGGCUGGCAACUGCUCCGAAUCUUCCCCAAAGAAAUGCUGAAGAGAAUCCCUCAGAGCACCUUGAGCGAAUUCUACCCUCGAGACUCUGCAAAGCAUUAGCUGCUACUUCAUCUCUGGCUCGAUGCUCUUGUGAAAUACUGGUUCUGUUUUCUUUAUUCCUUUUGCACUCCCCCAUCCCCACCUUUGUGUUGGAGUUUACUGUGUUACCCUGUAAUUAAAAACAAAGAAUAGGUAACAUAUUGUGCCAGUGUUGCAAUGUUUUAAACUGCUAACAGACUUUAAAAUAUCCCCUGUUCCGAAAACCUGGAACUGCAGUGCUUUGUUUAAAGUAGCUGAGGGUUGGAGGUGAAGUUUUCUUACUGAUGUGUGUAUUUGUACGUAGUGGUGUAGUUAGCUGCCUAGUGUCCUCAUUAUUUGGGUCUCUCAGACCUUCCCUGUCCACCCCCUCCAGAGUAUCACUAUCUGAAGUUACAAUGCUUUGAUCUCCAAACUAGGGACAAGAUAGGGUCUGAAAGACGCUUCCUCUCCGAGCCGAGACGCUUUCCUGAGCGCUUGUUUUUAGACUUUGGUGUGCCUCUGGGUCUGCUCUAAGCAGAUGGCUUUUCCUGUCCACCUGCUGUUUCCUAUUUAAUGAAUAGGUUAGAAAAGGAGUUUCCUUUUCCUCUUUGGUGCGGAUAAGUUUCAACUCCUGUGUCUUACUGUUCUCCCUCCCUCUGAGUAACACAGAAUCAUGCAGCUUUUGCCCAACUGGCAUUGAUCUGAUAGUAGUGAGAUGCCCUGUCUUGAUGAUCCCUUACUGGGUUUCCAUGCAGAGGAAUCAUAAUGAAAAUAAUUAAUAGAAUUCUUGGUUGGAAAGAGUUGGGAUACAAUUUUUUAAGAAAGAAAAAACCUAUAUCGGUUCUACAUUCGGACAUGCUAACAGUGGUUUUAAGUUUCUAAAGUGUUGACCGGAUGCUAAAGGCAAGG